UACAGGUGCUGCACUUGAUGGGCAUGGCUCUGCUGGAGGAGCAGCAACAGCUAGAGAACAUUGGGGAUGACGAUGAAGUUACUUUCAACUUCACCCUCAAAAUCUCCCAUGGUGGUUAGCAUUAAAACGAUGCGUGAGUGCACAGCUGCUGCACCUCCCUGUGAAGGAACAGGGCACUGUCACAAGGAGACUGUGUGGGACAAAGACAAAGCAGAGAGAAAAAAGAAAGCUGAACUGUGCUGGAAAAAGACCAUGGCUCAAACAUUAGAGAGCCAGAGUCAUUUUAUCAAUAAGUACAUAGAUCUGCUCACGCAGGAUUCAGAGGAUCUGGACGCCUCAGCCUCUACAUCAGCAGAGCAUAGCCCCAGUUCAUGUGACAGUGCUCUGGUGUGUGUGGGACCUCGUCGUUGGCGUGCCAGAGGAGGAGAGAGGAGGCAGAUGGAGAUGUGUAUCCUGUGUCACGAAGUGCAGGAGAUCCUACCUGAUGGCACCGCCAUGGUGCUCGCUGCCUUUGUCCAACGCUCUACGGUCAUGUCCAAGAACCGCAAAAGACCCCCUCACAAUCCAGAGAGCUAUGAUCCCCUCUUCAUGCACCCUGACCUGUCCUUUGGUACCCAUACCGGCAGCUGUGGCCACCUCAUGCACUCUCACUGCUGGCAGAGGUGAGGAGUUGAGCAAAAUGUUACUUCUAGACAGCCUUCUACUUAAUCCCAAAUAAAAACUUUUGCUGCUUUCAAACGUUUGUGGAUAUAGGCAAUAGAAUCAGCAGCUAACAGUAAAUAGUUUGUCUAGAAAAUAAUAUGACCUCUAUAUGAGCAAUCACAAUAAAUUAGCUAGUAUUAAUCAAUCAGUCUGGAUGUUUUGUCACUGAAAAGUCAAAAACCUAAUCUGUGAUGUACAGGAAAGUCUUCAUGGAUGUGUGGUGAUCGAUAAGAUGUAGAUCGAAAUUGGAUGUGUUUGGCUUAAAUAUGCGAUCUGCGGAUAUUUUUUUUUUUUUGUCCCAAUACAGUGAGCUGAUCAUUGACACAAAGCAUGAAACAAAGCUUGCUAUGUGCACUUGACUAUUUUUUAAAAUUAUUUUACCCCCCAAUGCCUGCAACCCACACCACACACAGAUCUGCCAGUAUCACACCCACCUAUUUAUACAUCAGGUGUACACUUCCAUCAGAAGCAGAAAACUCAGAGACUUCCCUUCUGGAUGUGCAUUAGAGAUGUUAACCCCAGACUCUACACUCAAUCACUACACUCUGUUCUACCAAUUUCAGAAAAAGAGAAGGUCCAUUUUAGUGCAGAACCGUGCUACGUGCACUCCUACUGAACCACAGCCUGGUUUUAAUCAAGCCAUCAGAUCUCACCUCUGACCUCUCGGACUGCACAAUUCUGUCUAACAUGUCGAGCCUGGUGAGGUUAGGCUUUAGCUCAGGCAGCAUAA